CAAUAUGACCUCGGAGAAGUAUAUCUUACUUUGGAUCAUGGUUAUGUUACAUUAUGUGUUUUUUAAACAGUGAAACUUAAUUUUUCAUGUCAUCCUAUGUCGGUAUUACAGAUUAUGGAGGACAAACAACUUAAAGAAAUUGCAAAACAUCUGGUCACUGACGUCAUACAAAAAGCCACGGAAUACGUCCGGGCGGAAAAAGAAGAAAUGACCGGUCAACUGGACAAGGGCGUGGACGACAUAGUUCAACUGACCAUCGGACAGUCCAUCACAGCCAUUCGUAGUGGACAAAUAUCACCAACUGACCACAAGAUGGCCGAAAUGACAGGUCAACUGGAUAAGGAUGUGGACGAUAUUGUAGGUAGAGCCAUUGAGGGGUCAAUCACCGCCAUUCGUAGUGGUCAAACAUCGCCAACUGACCACAAGAUGGCCGAAAUGACAGGUCAAAUGGAUAAGGCUGUGGACGAUAUUGUAGGUAGAGCCAUUGAGGGGUCAAUCACCGCCAGUCGUAGUGGUCAAACAUCACCGACUGACUACAAGAUGAGAAGCUGUGAGAUACAGGAAAAGACAAGAGAGCAUGGAACCGGAAAUGACGCAGAAUUACAAAAGGCAAAAACCUACCCAACUGACAAAGAUCAGGCAAGCGGAGUUCCACAGAUCGUCAUUCAAGAUAAAGCUGCAGACAAAGUGAAGAAAACAUUUUUCGAACGUCAUCUGGACAGACUUCUCGGGAGAGAAAAGAAAACUGCAAAGAAAAUGAAAUCAGAGCUUCGAGACAGCACCCCCAAUGGAGGAAGUAGAAAACGUCCAUCAAAGGCCCAUAACAAAAGGGAUUGGAUCCUUAAAAACAUCCUGUGCUGUUUUGUCCGCCAGACGGUGACAGUGGAGUCAAUUGAUGACUAAAUAGAUAAUUUGUGUGAGAUUAUUAUGUUAACUGUGUUUGUGGUAGGACAACGUCAGAAAAAUCAGAGAAGACUGCGAUAUGUUGUAUACAUCCAGAUCCGGAAUAAAAGUGUACCAAGUGAACACGUGAAAACAUUAUGAUAAAAAAGAUUGAUAUGUUUAUGGAGAUAACAUAUUUUUCAUGAAUUCAUUUUUUUUUUUUUUUUUUUUUAGUAAAAAUAAUCGAUAUAAUCACUCACCUAUAACACGUAUAGCAUAAAUGAUGUGGCAGUAUAAUGUACGUUUAAAGCUAAUAUGGCUAUUUAGACUUGUUUUAAAAGCUAUCAUUAGAAAAUAAAGAGGUAGAGAACAUUUUUGCGCAUUAUUGA